AUGCUUCACCAGCGUCGCCCUAUUGAACACCAGAAAGUAUCGGUAGAUAGUCAGCCUACAGAGAUGACUGUCGGGGAGGAGGCUCACAACUUGGUCAAGCGACUUCUUCAUUGGGACGAUCUACCCCAUUGGCAACGCGACAACCAUCACAUCCAUACUGGAUAUCGGCCCGCCUCGUCCUCAUUUUUAAGUUCAUUUCAAUCGCUGGGUUACGUUCACAAUGAGACGGUCAACAUCUAUACCCACCUUUUGCCAGCAGUAAUGGCUGCCCCCGUUGCAUACUGGCUCUACCACUUACUUUCUCUGCGUUACCGGGAUGCGGCCGAUUCUGAUAUCCUCGCUUUUUCCUGUUUCUUCGCCGGGGCUGCCUUCUGUCUUGGCAUGUCCGCAACCUAUCACACCAUCUCAAACCAUUCACCUGUGGUUGCACGCAUUGGCAACGCACUCGACUACAUCGGUAUUGUGGGACUCAUUGUGGGGAGCUUUGUACCUAGUGUCUUCUACGGAUUUUACUGUGUACCCGAUCUCCAGCACAGGUACUGGGCCAUGAUCUGUACUAUUGGGCUAUGCUGCGUCAUUGUAUCCGCUUCUCCCCGGUUCCGCACACCACGCUGGCGUCCGUUCCGCGCUACCAUGUUUGUUGGGAUGGGCUUGUCUGCCGUCUUCCCCGUACUUCAUGGGGCUUUCCUCUUCGGAAUUGACCGCAUGCAACAGCAGAUCGGUUUGAACUGGCUCGUUUUCCAGGGCUUCUUGUAUAUACUUGGAGCGGGUAUCUAUGCUGCCCGAGUACCUGAGCGACUCAUGCCUGGGAAAUUCGACAUUGUGGGGAGUUCGCAUCAAAUCUUCCACGUGCUAGUAGUUUGCGCAGCACUAGCUCACCUGACAGGGUUGUUGAAGGCAUUCGAUUAUCGGCACAGCGGAGCUGCCGAGACCUGUCAGAUUCCACGCGGCUGA